UUAAAGUAGCCUUCCGCCCAAUUAUUGAUUCGCUGGAAUUCAUGUGGACCCUUUGAUUCUUGCAAAUUGUAGUAUCUACUUUGCUUUCAUGAAUAGUGCCAUUUUUUCUACUUAUAAAAGCAGUCUUUCAACUGCAACCUUUAUUCCUUUGUAAUUUCAUUUUUUUGCAUUUUUACCACCAAUUCAUCUCCAAACAUGCCGUCGCUGGAUUCCGAAUCCAACUAUUGUUCUAGAAUUUUCCGAGCUUCUUUCAAGUCUCAGAGGCGCAAUUCCGGUGAUAGGUUUUCUCAACUAGAUUCUCCUUUGAUCGGCUCCAACCCCCACCAGAGUGAAAUGUGGCAAGCGAGGGAUGGAGCUCAUACCGUGAGGUCUCAUGGAGUCAGAGUAGCAAAGAUACAUAUGCAUGAUUGGCUAAUACUUGUGUUGCUUGGUUUUCUUAUACUUAGUCUGAAUGUCAUCCAUCCCUUUUAUCGCUUUGUUGGGAAGGAUAUGAUGUCCGAUCUCAAAUAUCCUCAUAAGAACAACACAGUUCCUUUUUGGGCUGUAGUGCUAGCUGCAGUUCCAUUGCCGAUUUUCAUUUUCCUACUAUUCUAUCUUCGCCAAAGAGAUGUAUAUGAUCUUCAUGCUUCCAUUCUAGGACUCCUAUUUUCUGACCUCAUAACGGGGGUCAUAACUGAUGCGAUAAAAAAUGCGGUUGGCCGCCCUCGGCCUGACUUCUUUUGGCGAUGCUUUCCAGAUGGACAGGAUGCAUACGAUCGAUGGGGAAAUGUAAUCUGCCAUGGUGACAAACAUCUCAUAAUGCAUGGGCAUAAGAGUUUUCCCAGUGGGCAUACUUCAUGGGCAUUUGCUGGCUUGGGCUUCUUGUCUCUAUAUUUAUCAGGGAAGAUAAAGGUGUUUGAUCGCAGAGGCCAUGUUGCCAAACUGUGCCUGGUUGUGCUCCCUCUACUCAUUGCGUCUCUGGUUGCCGUUUCUCGUGUGGAUGACUAUCGGCACCACUGGCAGGAUGUGUUCGCAGGAGGUUUGAUAGGUCUAGUAGUUGCUACUGUCUGCUAUUUGCAGUUCUUUCCACCUCCAUAUCAUGUCAAUGGUUGGAUGACUUACGCCUACUUGCGCGUGUUGGAGGAGCUGAGAGCCAAUAUGGACAAUGGUCAGGUCAACGGGCAGGCUGCCGAGGUCGAAAUCCAGCCAAAUCAAAUGAACAACAAUUCUGCCAAGGCUGGUACAUCCAGCUUGCCAGAUGAAGAUAUCGAAUCUGGAAGAAGAUAGUUUCAAAGGUUGGCAGUUUAGUGGAGCUAAUGUGCAUAUGAGUUAGGACAUUUUUUCUUUCUUGAAGAGAGAAAUCUCACUGUAGUUAAUGAUGUUGGAGCUAUUAUGAUUAGGAAUAUUUUAUGUAUAACAAGAAUUGUUUCUUCAUAUGUGCUUAUACAUUCAUGUCACAAAAUCCCUUUUUUUGUCA